AGAAGUCAAUGAAACAAGGUGUCAGCAUCUCUAAAGGUCUCAAAAGAUCAAAUAAACUAGAAAAAGUUAACCACCUUCCUUUGCUAAAGUAGUGACACGUCGUGAGGUCGAAUCGGCGGAUGGCCAAGUACAAUUGAUGCGUUCAGGAAACACAGGCAGCAAAUGAGAGUGAGUUAUUGCAGAAAUGAAGUUACAAGUGCAGGUGUUGGAGGCGCGGGGACUUCCUAGUGGGGUUUCAGAGGCAUUUGUGCGGUUGCAGGUUGGACAUACGAAGGCCAAGACCAGAAAUGCAAAUGCAGCGUCCUUUCCAUGGUAUGAGGAUUUCUAUUUCAAGGUAGAUGACUUGAAGUCUGAGGUGGUCGUCACUGUUCAAGGAGAUCAUGGAUUUGGCGGGCAUGUGAGGGUGCCAAUUGCUCUCGUUUUCAAUGCAGACAAGCAAGUUGUUGCUCCUUCUUGGUUCGCCUUGAAUUCCCGCACCAGAAAGUCCAAGACUUUCCUUUCAGGAGAGAUAUGUAUGGGCUUAUCACUUUACGGAAGGAGUUAUUCCAACUCUGAAUCUAAUUUGAAUACUCCCUCGUCAUCAAAUGGUAUAGAUGAAUCUGUAUCCAUUUCCACAAUAUCAGAGCCAGAGCUUGCAGCAAGUACCCCGAACGUUCCUGUCCAUUCUCGAAUAAGUUCAUCUGAAUCCUUAUUGUCAUCAGAUAAUGAUGCAGUGCCAGGUAAAGAAAGCUCAUCAUCUGGAAAAAAGGGACGUAUUCAUCGACAUUUUGUCAAUCAUUUAACAUCAUUAUUUUCUAAAAGGUCUCGAAGUGUUGCAAAGUCGACCAGGACCUCUCCAGUUAAAUCAGUUGUCUCUUCAAUGCCAUCUGAAACCAGUGACAAUUCUGAGGAUGAAAAAGAUUUGAUCCCUUCAUCCUUUUUCAAAGAGGAUCCCAAAGGUGAUCCAAGAGAUGAUAUAAUGAUUGCUCCUUUGGCAGGGGGAAUACUUGUUGAUCAGUCCUAUGCAGUAACUGCUGGCAGAUUGAAUGCAAUUCUCUUUAUGUCUGGCUCACAGUUUGUACAGGACCUUGCUAUAGUACAAAACACAACAGAUCUUUUGGAGGGACCAUGGAAGAAAUUGGAGAAUGAACUUCCUCACCGUACAGUGACAUACAUGAAGGCUCCUACAAAGAUGAUAGGCUGUGUGAAAGCAAUUGAAGAACAGAUGUAUUUGAGAGCUGACAAAGGAGCUCUUCUAGUGAAGUCAAUAGUUAGCACACCUGAUGUUCCAUUUGGGACUAAUUUUCAAAUUGAAAUUCAAUUCUGUAUAAGACCAGGCCCCAUCAUUUCAUCGGGAGAAGAAACAGCGCAUCUCUUUAUAUCAUGGAGCAUCAACUUCUUGAGAGGUACAAUGAUGAAGUCCAUAAUAGUGAAUGCUGCUCAACAGGGAUUGAAUGACAGCUACAAACAGUAUGUGGAUGUGUUAGCAAAUUAUGCAAGGUGCAUUGAUGAACCCACAUCAACAGCCUCUGAAGAAGAGGAACAGCCUCAAAGUGACUGGGAGCUAGCAAAGGGAUAUUUUGUCAAUUUCCCAGUGCUUGCAUGCAUAAUAUCACUAGCAAUAGUUCUCUUACAUAUCUAUUUUCCUUGGACAAAGAUAAACAAGGUCUUAGGAUUUUUCUACUUGGACUUGCCAGACUCCCUUGAAGAAUUCAUCACCUCAGCAAUUCUUGCAAUGCAAUUGGAACAUGUUGUCAAGCAGAUCCAGACAUUCCUACAAGCCAGAGUUUGCAGAGGUUCUGAUCAUGGCGUGAAAGCACAGGGUGAAGGGUGGCUCUUAACUGUGACAUUGGUUUGUGGAGAAAACCUUUCUCCAUUGGAUGAAACUGGCACACGUGAUCCUUAUGUUGUUUUUACUUGCAACGGAAAGACCCGUACUAGCUCAGUGAAGUUAAAUACAUUGAACCCAGAAUGGCAUGAGGUACUUGAGUUUGAUGCAACGGAAGAUGCACCAUCAACAAUGGAUAUUGAAGUUUUUGAUUUUGAAGGACCCUUCUCAGAAGCAGAGUCACUAGGGCAUGCUGAGAUAAACUUUUUGAAACAAUCUUCAGAAGACCUGGCAGAUCUGUGGGUGCAAUUGGAGGGAAAGUACACACAGUUGCAAGGUUCAAAAUUACAUUUGCGUAUCUGUUUGAUCAACACCAAAGAUUCUGACCAUGUCAAUCAUUAUAUUCAGAAAGUAGAAAAGGAAGCUGGCAAAAAGAUUCUUCGACGGUCACCACAGAAGAAUUUAUCAUUCCAGCGAUUGUUUUCUCUUCCUCCUGAAGAAUUUCUUAUUAAUGACUUUGCGUGUGCUCUAAAGCGCAAAAUUCAUUUGCAGGGUCGACUUUUUCUCUCUCCACGAAUGCUAGGGUUUUAUUCAAAUAUCUUUGGACACAAAACAAAGUUUUUGAUUUUAUGGGAUGAUAUCGAUGAGGUUCAAGAGACAUCACCUGGUCUUAGUUCAGUGGGCUUGCUGCUCAAUCCAUCAAUUUUAGUAUUCACAAAAAAGGGGCGAGGCAAAGAUGCUUGCCAAUAUGCCAAGAGUUUGGAUUCUAGAGGCCGUUGUAAAUUCCAAUUCCAAUCAUUUGUUCAUUUUGGACCAGCAUACAGGAUAGUGUCAGCUAUCUGGAGAAGUCGCACGCUCAGCUUUGAACAGCAGAUGGAGAUUAUUGCAGAUGCAGAUUCAGAUUUUGUAACAGAAGAGAAGCAAGCUGAUGAUACUGAAACAUUUAUAGGAUUAGAAGAGGCUAAUAUGUCAGAAGUUUACUCGGAAAAACUCCCUGUCACAGUUGAAUCGUUAGUCUCUUUAUAUGAUAAAGAAAACCUUGAUGAAAAGAUAAUGAACAAGAUGGGUUGCUUGAAUUAUAUGGUAACUCCAUGGGAGCAAGUAGGUGAUAAUCCAAGAGUGACACAGCGGCAGCAAUUUUACAAACUUAACCAUCGCUUUUGUCACUUUGACAACCAAGUUACACGCAUUCAGCAGAGGAAUCUUUCUGAUGACGCACAAGUUUGUGCUAUUGCAGAGCUUAUUACACUUCAAGCUAUUCCUUAUGGAGAUCAUUUUCAGGUACAUGUACGCAGAGAAGUUGAAAACAUAUCAGUUGAUCCCCCAACAUCAGAUUGUAAGAUUUACUUGGGGAUUGCGUGGCAAAAAAGCACCCUGGCUCAUGAAAAGAUAACAAAAAAUUGUAAAAAAUGUUUCACAAAGUAUUUGGAAGAGGAGAUAGAAUUGAGUAUUAAAGAGCUUAUUGCAUAUAAAAACAAUCAUUUACCAUAAUGCUUAUCUGCUGCUCCAUAUUGUGUGGUUCAGAGCUGAUGUCUAUGAUGGAUGUGUAUAAAUUUCUCUUAAGUUAAAAGAAACAAUGCAUAGAUCAUUUUUCCUGUGUCAAAGCAGAACACAUCAAAAAAUGAAUAAUGUGGAAGGAUGCUCUUUGAGGAGUAUUGUGUCCCUCUUUAAGAGUUUGCUGAGGUCCACUUAUUGUGCAUCUAAAUACUUUAUUUGGUUGAAGAAAGCAAUUCACUGCCACAGUUCUCUUGGUUUUCUGUGGCAUUUAUAAUU